GGCGACACACGCAUAUUAACGACAAUCAGAGUGCGCAUCCCAGUAAAACACCGGUACCAAGUGCGCAGUCUCAACGGAACAAUCGCUGCUAACUUUCAACAGGAGGCAGACCGUGGCUAACUUGCCCUUCUAAAAGAAUUCAUUCCGUUAAAAAAUCCUGACCUGACCCGAGAAGGUGUCGUCAACAGGCUUUUCUGCAAACAAGCACGGACACACGCAAUUUAGCAUUAAACACCAACAACACAACGCCGGAAUGUUUAACCCACACCACCACCAUCAGCAGCAGCAGCAGCAACAACAGCAACAGUUUCACCGUCACCUGCGGCAGCUUCAGCAACUGUUCCAGCAGCCCCCUCCACCGCCGCCGCCUGCGCCACCACAACCGCCUCCAUCGCACCAUGCACCCAGGCAUCAUCAUCAUCAUCACCACCAAGGAGGACGGGCCAUGGCUGUACCAGGCCCUGCUCCUCCACCUCCCCGUGUGGUCAACAUGGCCACUCGGGCCUCCAUCAUGGCCCCCAACCCAAUGUUACAAGGGGCUAUAAUGAUGCAGCAGAUGCAAGGUAGCAUGCAGGGCUUUGCAGCAGUGAGUGGGCAGCAGUUCACCCAGUUCUUUGCUGCAGGGGCCCGGUCCUCUCUCAUGGGCCCUGUACCCAUGGGCAUGUCCAUCAAGACCCCCCACAUGGGCUUCCCUGCCCGACACUACCACCCCCACUCCCGCUACUACAACAACAACAACAGCGACUAUGGGUCACGGCAGCCGGAUCGGAAGAGGGAAAAUGAGCAGAGAGCCUUGGGGAGCACAUUUAGCCGACCUGCAGCCAGCAGGACAUCAGGGGAAACCAAUGAUAAGGCUCUGAAAGAUGGAGGAGUGGGAGGGCCAGAUGGACAGGCACAGCCUUCAGUGCAACCGGAGCCUGAGGAGCCGGCAUUGAAGAAGCAGAGGACUGAGGUGUUAGAGGAGACUGUGGAGCAGCCUCCUGAGACAGGCGGGGUCCUGAGUGCAGCAGAGUGUCAAAGCCCACCGGUUGACUGCCAGCCUGGAGACUGUGUCAUUCUGGAGGAGGGUGGGAGCAUAGCUGAACCAGUGACUGCAGAGGCAAUGGAGGAGAGCAGAGCAGCCGAGGUUCAGAGUGGAGUGUCGGCCAUGCCAGCCUCUGAGCAGCUGAGUGGUGAGAGCCAGGCAUUCACUCCAGGCCUGGAGGACAUGGCAGAGGGCAAGGCUGCCCCAGGGGCAUUGGAAAGGGGGCAGGAAGAGGGCAAGGAGGGGGGUGAUGCUGCCAACAAGUUCUAUUGCUACAUCUGCACUCUGGCCUGUCACAACCAGCAGGACUUCCAGAGCCACAUGAACGGCCUGGUCCACCAGCAGAGGAUGAUGGAGAUCCAACACAUGUCCAGCGCCUGUCUGGUCACCCUGAUGCCCCGCGUCCAGGAUUCGCUGCAGGGAGGCUGCGGAGACAGCUCCUCCUUCAAGGACGGGUCAGUACUAGUGCACGUUGGUGACAGAGAGAAGAAACCCAGCCCGCAGCUUUGGUGUGCUACCUGCAAAAUCCACUACACCAGUACAGUCUUGGUGCACCGCAGGACCAGGGAGCACAAGCUGGCCAGCCGCACCUCCAAUCCUUCCUGUACCGUCUGCAAGAGGCACUUCAGGAGCCCACUCCUGUUCCUGGAGCACAUGCAGUCCCAGGGGCACAAGCAGAGAGUUGACGAGCUUCGGGAGGAGGGGGGGCCAAAGGCCUUGGCUGAACUGGUUGCCAUGGAUGCACAAGGCUGCUUUGUAGACGAUGGAGACGAGGAGGAGGAGGAGGCAUGUGAGGAGGAAGAGGGGGACGAAGAGGAAAUGGAAGAUGGCGGCGAAGGCAGCUCCCAUGGGAAGGACGUCUGGCCAACCCAGAUGGAGGUGGCUCUACUAGAGGAUGUAGAUGAAGAGGAGGAGUUUGACCCUGACACGGUGUACGGUUCUAGCUUUGUGGUUCCUGUGGCUGGGUUCCUCUGUAGACUCUGCCAGCAGUUCUACCAUUUUGAGUCCUCAGCCCGCCACUUGCACUGCAAGUCACUCAAACACUUUGAGAACCUCAAGAAGUACAGGGCCUUGCGUAGCCAGAAGGAUGGGACAGUGGAACCUACUCCCAUAGACGGUACAGACGGCGAUUCAGAGUGUGAUAGUAACCACACUGUCUCAGAUUCAAACAGCCUGCCUUCAGAGCUCCUCAGCAGCCCUGCCUUACUCCAGCCCACCAUCUCCAUCACCAGACUGAAGUCCUCCAGACCCUGCCCUGAACCCCAGAACAACACUCCCUCAGCUUCAUCCCUGAAGGACCUCACCACCACCAGCAGCUCUGUGGGGACUCCGGCUCAAGCCUCCCCAGAGAAGCAGAGCUCAGUAAACCCUGAGGACAAGGAGGAAGAGCCAACCCCAGAACAAGCACCAGUCACAGAGGAAGAGCCAAGCCCAGACCUAGCACCAGUCGCAGAGGAGGAGCCAGCACCAGUCGCAGAGGAGGAGCCAGCACCAGUCGCAGAGGAGGAGCCAGUGGCAGUUGAGGAAAAGUCAGCCCCAGUCACAGGAGAAGAAGAAGAGGCAAAGGCAGCUGCUCCAGAAGAGAAGACUGGCAAAGGGAAAGCGAAGGGCCCAUCCAAAAGGAAGUCCGGGAGGACAACACGGAGACGUUGAGGAAGAGAAAGCAGGAGAAAGGGAGGGGGAUGGAGAGUGGGAGCGGAAGAAAGAAAUAAUAUCCAGUACAAUCUCUACCCUAGGACAGGGUACAUUAGCUCAAUAGACCUGGCAACUCAAAACCGGUGAUCCUCUAACCUAUAUUUGUAGGUGUUUAGGUGUUUCAUUUUUUUAAUAACACGACUAGAUAGAAAUGACUAAUUUGCAUUCAGUGCAAAGAGAAGAGAAUUAUGCGGAAGAAAUUGUGGAUGUGUGUGUUGCUGUCAGUGUGGAAAGGGUCAAAUGAAAAUUAAGAUCUGUUUUUAGUUUAUACAUGUCGUUCUAGUUAGCUAAAUGUCUAACUUAACACAUUGUUGCCAGGUUUAGGAAGGGAGUGGUGUUUUAGUCCAGGAACCGAGUGAAUCAUUAUAGCAGGCAACUUAUCUGAAAAUAUUUGUGAUGGGGGUGGGAAUUUAAAAAGUAAAUGGUACUGUUUGAAUGUCGAGUAACUAUGAACCUUGAUUUGAUCCUAGCUUUGUUGAAGUGCUAUUGUCCUUGACAUUUUUUACACAUUCUGUGAACUGUUCUGGAGAUUUCUUUGGAUGUUAGCAGGUGAGGGGAUUAGUUAGAGGGGGGGUUUUAAAGGGGGAAAGUCUUAACUGCUUGGUCUAUUUAGCUCAGAUACACCCUGAGCUGCUGCUUUCCCCUCACUAUACUGCUAAAUACAUUUUGAAUUGACUUGUUUAGCUCUUUAACCCCUUGAUUGCUGAAACUGCCUACAUCCCACUGGUUUCGCUCCCAAUUUGCACCUGAACCUCCAUAAGGCUGUGCGAUAAGCUCAUGGUUUUGACAAGACUAAAUUAUAGAUUAUGACAGGACUCAAUUAUAGAUGUUCCUGCAAUGUUAGGAAGCAGAGCAUGAUUUUAGUGAGCUUUGAAUAUGGCUGUUCUUAACUCAUAAUGUUCUAUUAUAACAGUUGUCUAGUCUAACAGAACUUGACAACUCCUGAGACCAUAAAACGAUCAUUUUAGGUGUGGCUGGAAUAGGGAGAACACAUUGGCCUAGAAUAGAUCCUCUUUGCCAGAGUUUGUUCUCAGGAGACAACCAGUUUUAUGCGAAGUUCAGUGCGCACUCUUUUUUUUUCCCCCUCACAGUUGGAGGCAUUAGGCCUACCUAUUGCCAGCUAAUACAAUGAGGGAUAUCCAAACCCUGUCACCCCAUUUUAAUGUUAAUAUUUUAAAAAUUCCUGAACUGAAAGCAAUGUUGCAUUAACAAGCUUACGCAUCACAAACAUGACAUUGUAAAAGAGUUGUAGUUUUGUGCUGGUUUUCCAUCCUUUUUUAAACAUUGAGUUGGUACUUUUUUUCCUCACACACCGUGUACACUGGACUAGUAAGAGUCUUUUUUUUUUAGUUUAAGUGUCUGUACAAGUGACAUUGCAUGACAGUUGUCAAGGUUAUCAACAAUAUUGAAGUGGUAUGGAUGGACUUUGAGUUUUUCAUAACAAUGAGACCUGACUUGGAGAAACAAAGGCUGCGUUUAGUCAGGCAGCCCAAUACUGAUCUUUUUUCACUAAGGCCGUGUCCACAAUUGACAAUCACAUGCAACUUCUGUUAUUAGAAUAUGAAGAUGCAUUGAAACGACAGGUCUAGAUGAACAAAAGUCGCAUUGUGGUUGGAAUUGUUUAGAUCUGGCUAACUGCCUCAAUGAGUCUCUGACCAGCACCUGUGUGGAUUUCUGUCUUUUUGCAAUCAGGUUACCAAAAGUGAAUACAGUGGGCAAUGUCACAGCACGCCGCCCACAAAUCUCCAGAAAAUGUAUGUUUUGGCAGCAAGAGACACCUUUUUUCAUUAAAUGUUGAUUAACUGGAGGAAAUGCGUUCCUAGCAUGAGGAAUGUGUUUGCUGGCUUCAUAAAUGUUAGCCCACCAGCUUAUUUGGAAAAACAAUUUUUGGUUUGGAGUUAUAACCUGUUAGCCAGCAAGCAAAGCUAAAAGGGAUUGCAAACUAGCUACUGCCAUCAAGUUGUCAGAUUUAGCCUGUUCCAGCAUUUGAAGAAAAAUGGAAUCCUGUGACACAAUGUGGACGUGUUUGGAAUUCAAUGAUCAGAAUACAAACGUUGCAUGAACUGUCAAGUCUAGACACGGUCUAAUUGGUCUUUAAACCAAUCAGCUCUGAAAAAUAUCUGAUGUGAAAAAAAAUCGGUGGUUAGUCACAAUACCAAUUUAGUGGGGGG